CUCCUUCUCUUUUCUCACUCGUCGUUGAGUCUUUUCAAACAACAAUUAAAUUACUAUAUAUCUCUUUCCCUUUCUCCAAUUCAUAUAUAUGCAUAAAUCAUAAUAUGGGCAUUAUAUGCAGUUCAUACGAAUCAACAUCAGUAGCCACAGCCAAAUUAAUACUUCACGAUGGAACAUUACAAGAAUUUUCUUAUCCAAUUAAAGCUUCUUUCUUAUUACAAAAUGACCCUACAAUCUUCAUCUGUAACUCCGACGAAAUGGAUUUCGGUAACGUCGUUUGCGCCGUUAAAGCCGAAGAAGAGCUUCAGCUUGGUCAGCUAUAUUUUGCCUUACCUUUAACCCAACUUAAACAUAAGCUGAAAGCUGAAGAAAUGGCUGCAUUAGCUGUCAAAGCUAGCUCCGCAUUAAACACGAGUAGUAGUAGUGGUGAAAAGUUUAUAGUUUUUGAAAAAAGUGGUCCUAAUUUUUCGAAAGAAAUGAUGGAUGAUAAUAAUGAUCGUACUUGUAAAGGGAAUGGCAGGAGAAAGAAGUUCACCGCGAAGUUGAGUUCAAUAAAUGAGUAGCGCGUAGCUCAAUUAUUGCAUCGGUUAUUUUUCAUCAACACAUGUAUUAUUAGAUAGAUAGUUAUUACAAGUAGGUAGUAUUUUAUUUUUUUUUGGUUAUUAUUUGUGCAUAUUUUAGAAUCGAAGCUAAUUAGUUACUGUUCAUUUUGUGGUUAUUAAGUUAAUUUUAUUGUACUUGUCAUCAAUGGUGGGGUUGUAUUACAAUUUUACCCCUCAAUGUACGGAUUUGAUUACAAUAAUCAGCUUGAUUUACUGUUA